AUGUCAGAUGUAUCCAAUAAAGCAGUGGUGGCAUUCGGCAGCAAUAUGGGUGACCGUAUUGCAACUAUUGAGGCCGCCUUAGCUGCAAUGAAGGACAAGAACCUCAACAUCCUCAGAUUGAGUUCUCUAUAUGAAACCAAGCCAAUGUACUAUGACGAUCAGGAUCCCUUUCUCAAUGGCGUCUGUCAGAUCGAAACCUCUCUUGAGCCCUUGCAGCUACUGGACGUUCUGCAAAGUAUCGAGAACGACCUUGGCCGGAGAAGAGUCAUCGAUAAGGGGCCCAGAACGAUGGACCUUGAUAUCAUACUUUACAAUCAAGAACACAUCAAGCAUCCGCGUCUCGAAGUUCCUCACAAGCUCAUGUUGGAGCGUGAAUUUGUGCUCCGGCCACUUGCAGAUAUACUACCCUACGAGCAUCUUCCUUCCAGCUUUACUCCCACCGCCGCCCAUCGCCCGAUAUAUCAAUUUCUACAAGCUCUUCCUGAAAAGGACAUUUCCAUGUCACCUGUCACUGUAAUUCACCGGCGAAUGCCUCUGAUCCGCAGCCAUGACUCGGCUCGCAAAACGCACGUGAUGGCUAUUCUCAACAUCACGCCCGACUCAUUUUCAGAUGGAGGUGUUCACAGCCAGAAGGAUCUGAAGACGAUAAAGGCAACGGCCAAAAACUUCAUUGACGCUGGCGCCGACAUCAUCGAUAUUGGUGGUCAAAGCACGCGACCUAGGGCAGACUAUCUCAGUGCCGAAGAGGAGCUCAGACGGAUACUUCCGGUUGUGCAAGCGAUCAGAAGCAUGGAAGAAGCUGAUGACGUGGCUCUCAGCAUCGAUACAUUCCAUUCAAAAGUCGCCCGAGAGACUAUUCUUGCAGGUGCUGACAUCAUCAACGAUGUCUCAGCUGGCGUGCAUGAUAAGGACAUGCUCUCAACGGUCGCCGAGCUCGGCAAGACCAUCAUACUCAUGCAUAUGAGAGGUGACGCCCACACCAUGAUGAGACUUACCGAUUAUCCUGGUGGCGUCGUCAAAGGGGUUGCGGAAGAGCUCAGCGAGCGUGUUCAAGCCGCCAGAGCGGCCGGUAUCUUUCCAUGGCACAUAAUAUUGGACCCAGGAUUAGGAUUUGCGAAGAACCAACAACAGAACCUCGAGUUACUGAGGAGGCUACGGGAAUUGCGAGACAAUAUCGAAUACUCCGCCUGGCUGAAAAACUAUCCUUGGUUGACGGGCCCAAGUCGAAAAGGCUUUGUCGGCAAGGUUACCGAAGUACAGGAGGCACCGAAGCGCAGCUAUGGCACUGCCGCUGCUGUGACGGCAAGCAUUGAAGGAGGUGCUGAGAUCGUCCGUAUUCACGAUGUGAACGAGAUGGUCCAGGUCACCAAGAUGGCAGAUGCAAUCUACCGUUCGCCUUGA